CUGUCUUUCCUGUACUCAUCUCAUUUCAUUUCAUUUCUCUAAUUAAUCUCUUUCUCUCUCUCUCUCCAUCUCUUUUCUCUCUCUGUCAAAUCCAUAUUAUUAAUUAUUAAUUUUGUAUUUUAGAAGAAGAAAAAAUGGAUAUUAAAGUGAAUAUAAUAAAUAAUGGAGGAGGAAGAUCAAGGUCUACAACAACAACAACAACAACAACAAACUCAUCAUCAAAUUCAUCUUAUAAUAAUAAUUCAUCAAGUGAUGAACAAGAUCAUGAUCAAGAGAUGAAUAAUUCAGACCUUAGAAGAGGUCCAUGGACUGUUGAAGAAGACCUCACUCUCAUUAAUUACAUUGCUAUUCAUGGUGAAGGUCGCUGGAAUUCCCUUGCUCGCUGUGCAGGUUUGAAGAGAACUGGAAAGAGCUGUAGAUUAAGAUGGCUAAACUAUCUUCGUCCAGAUGUUAGACGUGGAAAUAUCACUCUUGAAGAACAACUCCUUAUCCUUGAGCUCCAUUCUCGUUGGGGAAAUAGAUGGUCUAAAAUAGCUCAACACUUGCCUGGAAGAACUGACAAUGAGAUAAAAAAUUAUUGGCGAACACGAGUUCAAAAGCAUGCCAAACAACUCAAAUGCGACGUCAACAGCAAGCAAUUCAAAGACACCAUGCGCUAUCUUUGGAUGCCGAGGCUUGUUGAGAGAAUUCAAGCCGCCUCAUCUUCCUCCUCCUCCACCGCAACCCCAGCGAGCGUCGGCCCUACCCCCGCGACCACCUCCACUACUCUUCCUAAUAAUGAUAAUAAUAUUCAAUUCAACGCUUUUCUCAAUAAUCAGUCUACACCACUACCACCACCACCGCCACCAUCAGGGUCAGGGAUCAUGCCAAUGGUAAGUAGUAAUAAUAAUAAUAAUAAUUACACGCCGGACAAUUCAAGCACGGCGGCUUCUUCAGACUCGUUCGGGGCUCAAGUUUCGCCGGAUAAUAAUAAUAAUUAUUACGUUCCAACAAUGGUGAAUACUAAUAAUAAUAACAAUGAUCAUUACAGCUUCCAAGUUGGUAAUUACAUGAGUACUGAUUAUUAUAAUCAUCAUCAUCAUCAACAACAACAGGCUACCAUGAUGAGUGAUCAUAAUAAUAAUCAAGUAAUUCAUCAAUUAGGGUUUGAUGAUCAUCAUCAUCAUGAUCAGCAUUAUUAUAAUCAAGGUUCAACGUUGGAGCAAAAUAACAAUAAUAAUAAUUAUUACAACAAUUGGAACAGUUCUACUACUACUACUACUACUGAUCAUCUAGACCAAUGCAUGGACCCUUCUGAUGAGAAUUUAUGGGAUGCUGAGGAUAUUUGGCUUCUUCAACAAGCUCACUUCAACAUAAAUGGCAAUUAAUAAUUAUAAUAAUAUAUAUUUUCUUCUUCUUCUUCUUCUUUUAAUUUAAUUAGAGAGAAAAAAAAAGGUUAAUAAAUUAAUUAAUUAGAUGAAUAUAUAAAUAUAUGGAGGGGAGAGUAAUUUAAGGGAGUACUUAAUUAGUGUGAUCAUCUCGAUCGAUCAUGGAUAUUUUUCAAUUUCAUUGUAGAAAAAAAAAACAAAUUAAGAUAAAAUGAAAAUAUCUUAAUUUAUAGUACAUAUAUUCAAAACUCAUGUGGAUUAUUAUUAGUACUAUACUACUACUACUCACACAGUGAUCAGAUUGUACUUUGUAUACCCCUUGAUUUUUUUUUUUCUUUCUUCCUAUUUUUAAAUUGGGUGGGGAAAUUUUUAAUGUGUUAUUUCUUUAUUUAUAAUGUAUUAUUUCAAUUCUUUGAAAAUAAUUAUGUGAGUAGUACUACUUCUUUAUUAA